UCUCUGGGCUACAGUGUCCUCUUCUACCAAUAUGAAGCUGGACUCUGUGAUUCCCCACUCCCUGCUUAGUAAUCCCAGCACUCCAGCAAUCCCCAGGUGCCCAUGCUGUCCCCUGGGUCUCUGACCAACAGUUUCCCCUCAGUUCCUUACUAUGAGGGUUGUCUUCUUCCCAGGAAACUCAAAAUGACCAGACCUGCACUUGUGGACUCAGUUCCAGAAGCUGUGGGCCUCUCCCAAGCCCUCACAUCACCCUAAGAGUCUACAGAGCUUGACCAGUUCCUCCUCCCUCCCGGGCAGGAAUGAGUGAUGAUGGGGGUCAGGGAGGGGCAAGGCAGAGCACCUGCUUAGGUGACUGUGGGGGGUGACUGCACCCUAAGCUCCUGAGCUGCCUUAGUGACAUCUGUCAUACUCUGAAGAGGAAGAACAGGCCCAAGCUAGCCAGACGGAGCGUGCAGAGCCCUACCACCUCUGGGGGAGGUAGCAUGGGGGCCCAUCAGGCCUGGUGGGCCUCAGGUUCACAGUGGCCAGCUAUCCUUGCCCUCGGGCUCCAGGGCAUAGUAGGUGUGGUUUGCUGGACUGGAGUACUGAAUGGCCAGCCCUAUUGUCUGUCCCAAGAAAACAGGCCCUGGCCAAAGUUAAAUUGGUCUAAUCUGAUUUAACUUUCACCUUUUAUUGGGCUAGAAUUUCCCAACAGCUUUGAACCAAAACUUCUCAUAUGAUUUCCCCAGACUACCUUUAACUGUAUUAUCCAUCUGUCCCUGAGUCAUCAGAAUGUUCCGCGACUUCCAGCGCACCAAGAAGAGCCCACUGGUUACCAUCACCCUUUCACUGCCUGUGGAAACCUCACCUGUGCCAUCUUUCUAAGCGGAUGGAUCUUACCCUGGGGCAAGGCCCCAUUGUAGUUACCAGACUGGAGGGCAGAUGGGACCGCUUGGAAAUCCCGGAUGCCAGCCCCAGGGGUGGGGCCUUCAUCUCACUGGGUAGGGAUAGAAGUGGGCUGCCAGAGAAGGAGGUGCAGAAACCGGCCGAGGUGAGGUUAAGGGACUCCAGGAAACUGCUUCGUGCUCCCAGGAGGGCAGAGGCGUGGCCAGAAGCCAGGCAGUCCUGAGCAACCUGCAGCAAGCCAGAGGGCGACGGGGACACCAUGGCAGGGGGCCACUGGGGGGCGCCCGCGACACCGCGGAUGCCCGCGCCCACCACACCACAGAAAGCCGUCGGGGGGCGCCUUCGUGGGGCGGGUCCCGGGAGCGAGAAGAGCACCGCGGCGCAGUCGCUGUUCCCCGCAGAUGCAGAUGGAGCUUUGGUGUGAGCCACCGGCCGGCAGGCGCGGCCCCUCACUCCCUGGGACGUCUACCCUGGCCCUGGCCCUUGCCUCCGCCGGGCUCCUGCUGCUGCUGCGGCCCCUGGGUUGCUUGGGCGCUGGCGACGCGCUGGGGGCACUGUCCACGGAUGUCCCCGCCGGCCUGGAUGCCCUAUGUGCCCCCAGCGCCACCUGUCCCUCGGGCAGACGUCGCUUACCCCGGCAGGUCACUGGUGGUAGCCAGCCGCUCAGUACUGCGCAGUACGCUGCUUCUAAAACCCCCGACAGCGAGUUCGUUCCCCCCUGUGGCUUCUCCUAUGAGCGUGACCCCACCCUCAGGGAUCCGGAGUCCAUGGCUCGGCGGUGGCCGUGGAUGGUCAGUGUGCGGGCCAAUGGCACACACAUCUGUGCAGGAACCCUCAUUGCCUCCGAGUGGGUGCUGACUGCGGCCCACUGCAUGACCCAGAGUGACAUUACCUUUUCAGUACGGGUGGGGAGUCCAUGGAUUGACCAGGUGACGAAGACUACCAUCGACACCCUGGUGGAAGAGGUCAUCGUGCACAGCCGUUAUCGAGCCCAUCGGUACUGGUCCUGGAUUGGCCGGGCCAACGACAUUGCCCUCCUCAACCUUGAGCGGCCACUGCAGUACAGCAAGUAUGUCUGGCCCAUCUGCCUGCCUGGCUUGGACUACUCGCUGAAGGACUACUCCCUCUGCACCGUGACGGGCUGGGGAGCCCCCAGGGUUGAUGGUGAAUGGCCCCAAUUUCGAACCAUCCAGGAGAAGGAAGUCACCAUCCUGAACAGCACAGAGUGUGACAGCCUCUACCGCAGCUUCUCCAAAAUCCCCUCCCUGAUUCAGAUCAUCAACUCCCAGAUGAUUUGUGCAAAGGACGUCGACAGGCAAAAAUUCUGCUACGAGAUAAGUGCUGAGCCCUUGGCCUGUCCUGUGCAGAAUAUAUGGCACCUGGUGGGAGUGGUGAGCUGGGGCCCAGGCUGCAAGAAGGACGAGGCUCCGCCUAUCUACGUCCACAUAUCCUCCUACCAACAGUGGAUCUGGGACCGCAUCAACAGGCAGACUCUGCCAGCCCCAUCCCGGGCCCUGCUCCUGGCACUGCUAAUGCUCCUCAGCUUCCUUGCUGCCCUCUGACACUCGUGCUUUCCCUGGGUGUGCCCUCCCUUGCCCAGACCCCUCCUCACCCUCUUGUCUAGAAUGCUGCAGGUGCAGUUCUCAGCCCUCACAGGCAGGGCAGAGACUAGAUGUUCAAUUAAACGGUUCUCUUCCCCAUG